GCUGCAGUACGCUUAGCUUUCAGUCGAUAUUGUGCGCGUCUAGUGUUACAUCGUAUUUUUAAAAUGCCAAAUAUAAUUAACGAAGUUAAAUUAGACUUCAAGGAUGUGCUGUUGAGACCUAAAAGAAGUACAUUGAACAGUCGGAAUGAUGUAGAUCUAUUCCGUGAGAUAACAUUCCGUAACUCCGGUCAGACGUACCGCGGUGUUCCUGUGAUGGCCAGCAACAUGGACACCGUGGGGACAUUUGAAAUGGCGCAGGAGUUGUCCAAGCAUGGAUUAUUCACAUGCAUACACAAAUACUACAGCCUGGAGCAGUGGAAAAAAUUCGCACAAGAUAACCCGAAAUGUUUAGAACAAAUGGCUGCAAGUUCUGGCACAGCAGAAGCUGACUUCGAUCGCCUAUCCGAGAUUUUAAAUAACGUCCCAGAGUUAAAAUUCGUCUGCUUGGAUGUGGCGAAUGGUUAUUCCCAGCAUUUCGUAGAAUAUGUUCGACGGGUGCGCGCUGGCUUCCCCAAACACACAAUCAUAGCUGGCAAUGUAGUAACUGGAGAAAUGGUUGAAGAACUUAUUCUAUCUGGAGCUGAUAUUAUAAAGGUCGGAAUAGGCCCAGGAUCAGUAUGCACUACACGAAUUAAGACGGGUGUGGGAUACCCGCAGCUGUCAGCCGUCAUUGAAUGCGCCGACGCAGCACAUGGACUGAAGGGUCAUAUCAUUUCGGAUGGUGGUUGCACGUGCCCCGGCGAUGUUGCAAAGGCAUUCGGUGCCGGUGCAGACUUUGUCAUGGCCGGUGGGAUGUUCGCUGGUCACGACCAAUGUGGAGGAGAUGUAGUCACAAAGCCAGACGGAAAGAAAGUCAAGUUAUUCUAUGGGAUGUCUUCUUCGACAGCCAUGUUGAAACAUUCUGGUGGCGUUGCUGAGUAUCGUUCUUCAGAAGGGAAAACAGUAGAAGUGGAAUACAGAGGAGAUGUAGCGGUAACCGUUAAAGACAUUUUAGGUGGUCUAAGAUCCACAUGUACUUAUGUGGGAGCGGCGAAAUUAAGAGAACUGCCCCGACGAGCCACCUUCAUCAGAUGCUGCAGACAAGUGAACGACACUUUCUCGUAAUUCUAUUAGAAUAAAUUAGAUAAAAUAUUAUUAUAUCCGAAGUAUGCCUUAUCUAUAUAAGAAAUUCUUUACCACAGUGUAUACAAGCUUGAAUGUUUAGUUUGCGAUAAGCUGUGGUUUAUAGUAAUGUCAGCUGUCACUUAAAAACAAAGAAAUUAAAAAUACAGCAAUUGUCACGGGACAUACAAAAAAUGAUUGCGCGUAAAGUGUAUUUUCUGAUGUAUUACUUUAUAUACUUGAGAAAGAUUUUGACGUUUCAUCUUUUGUUUUUCAUUCUAACUUCCGCUGUGAUUCAGUGAACGUCUGGUCCCCUGAGGUUUGGGAGAUUCAGAAACGAGACCUAUCACGAACCUGGGGGCUUAGUCAAAAUGUCUCAACAGUAGUGUAUGAAGAAAGUUGAAAAUUGUACUAUUUGUAUGAAAAUUUGUUGAUACGAAUUGUCAUUUCAUACAAAUUUAACUUUAGAGUGAUUUGAGACAACAAAUUUAGUUAAGCCAUAUUGACUAAGCCCCCUGUACUCCUUUGGAGACAGCCACAAGUCUAAUUUCUGUAUCAAACCCCUCAAAUCAAGACUUAAACAAAGUAAUAGUGUAUGUCAAAAACGUAUUAAUUUUGCGAUCUAUAAAUCAAUUUUCGUACGACUCCGGAUUUUAAUUGAAAUGUCAAGUUAAUGUAAAUUCGUAUGUUUUUUUUAAUUUAUCUUGCUUCAGUUAUGUAUAUUCUUAUACAAAUCGGAUAUAAUACUAUUUUAUUACCAAUUAAUAAAUUUUUCGAGCUUUGCUGUAUGUCGAUGUAGCACUGCUAAUAAUAAGUAGUUAAAAAAAUGUUUCGAUAUCAUUGAAAAUAUGUAUGGGCCAUAAAACCUGGGCCUACCAGCACUCUCUAUAAAAAGUGCCGAUUUAUUAUAAUGUUAUGUAACGAUAAAACUAGGAGUUAUUGAAAUUAUUUCCACAUAUUAGCAACGCGUAUAACUGAAUGAACAUCUAAUAUUGCGGGGUAAGCUUGCUGACUGUUUUCCUGCUGAUUUUUGUUUCCUAAUAUUAUUUAUAGUAAAAGCAAUAAAUUAAUAACAGACAACCUACUCUCGUAGUUAGUUUAUAUGUGGACUACCCCAAAUGCAAACCAUACUUAUUAUUGGGGGUCAGAAGGUAAACAAGAAACAGCGCGAUAAAACUCAAACAAAGUUCACUUUCGUGUGUCGGGACUAGAGGUUCAACCAAACAGUUAAAAUAAAGCACUACGCUUUCGUCCUUUUAUAUUAAAGUCGGUAAAUAGAUUUUUGACGUAACAACACAUUUUCGUCUGUAAAACUUGAACAGCGCCAAGUGGAGGAAAUUGGAACUAAUUGAAAGCACGAACGUGCUUCUUUCUUUGGUAUUCGUUAAAUGAUAUUGUGUUUUGAUUAUCUUCUAUUAAAAUGUUGAUAUAAUGCUUUACUGGACUCUAUUUUAUUGUAUGGCUUAAUCUGGUAUUCUAUAGACAUUUGUUGAACUACCUCCGGUAGGGAUAGGACUGAAUUCUUAAAAUAUAUUUUUGAUAUUAUUUUACAAUCUUAUCAGUUUAUUAAGUACAAUAAUAGCACAAACGUUGUUUUUCGCUUUAUUUUUAAGUUUAUUAUGUAGAUGUUACUGUUGUUGACAUAUUUGUAACAUGAUCAAUUAAAGGAAGGAAUUUAA